UUUCCCUCUUUCAUUACUUACAAACAAACUUAUCGUUGCAAUUUGUUAGCGAGAAGGAAAAGGGCAAAGGUCGAGAGAAGAAAGGCAAAAUUUUCUGGUUAUGGCGGUUGUUGCAGGACUCGCAAUGACGUCUUCGUUUGUUAUGGUGAACUUUGAGCGCAACCCUUCGGCUCCAACUACUGGGAAACUCUGCGGUGCGAACGGAACCCACCCAUCGGCGGAGAAAAUGGGUUCGAGACUUACGGGCGUGAAAGCCCAGUUCGGUUCUUUCAAGACCGGCGGUGCUGGUGUUUUGGAACGACCCAGUUUCGAUCAAUCCCAGUUUGACCCUUCUACACAAGUUCUUGAAGGUGGUGAUAUCGGGCGCUCGACAGAUAGAAAACGUACUGGCAACGGAGACAGUUAUAGAGUUUUGCUGGUUGACGAUGCUCAACAUUCAGAAAAAUUAGUUGCGAAGGUUUUGCCCCGAGCUGUUCCCUCCGUUACACCAGAAGAUGCAAGAAAACUGUUUCAUGAAUCUCGUGAAAAUGGGGUGGCAAUCGUGAUUGUCACAGUAAAGGAGCAUGCUGAAUUCUAUUCGGAAAUGAUGGUUCGAGGGGGAUUACGAUCUAUUAUCGAGCCGGGUUCAAGUGAAGUGUAAAGUGGUUGCAGACAUUAUAUCGUAUGAACUGCAACAAGCAAAGACUUUGCUGCGACAAUUUUGGAGAAUGUUGAAUUGUAGACCCUGAUAUUAAACUG